GGAAAAAGUAGUUUCUUUUGGCAUGAUAUUUCGAUUUUACAUUUGCGAUAAUGGAAACUAGAAAGUUGAAGAGAAACGGCAACGACCGUACGGAUCCGAAAAAAUGUUCUGGAGCUGGCGAGAAGUCGGCUUCGAGAAAAAAGCUACAAAAAGAGCUAGAAGCUUCCAUUGCAGAGAUCAAUUCCCUGAAAGCGAAACUCCAAGAAAUGGAAAACAGCGUAAAUCUCGGUUCGCCAUCGGUAACGGAAUUCGAAGAGCAUUUUCCGCAAGCUCAGUCCAGCGCAAUUCGCACCGAGCGGCCCGUUACUGCAAGUGAAUCAUUGAUGAUGGCUUCGGUAACGAACCUCUCAAUGAGUACGCUGAAUGUGCCGGAGUGUAAACCCUCUGAAGGAGAAUUCGAAGUGGACAAACAAGCAUACCUGCGCUGGAAGGAGAUUUUAGACACAUCACUGAACCUAAUCAGCACUACCGAUGAGCGGACGAAAAUGGGGAUUUUUAAAAUCAAGGCUGGAGCAGGACUGCUGGAGAUCUUCAAUGGUACGGUUUCGGAACCGAGCAUGCCAGAUGAAAAGACAGCCCCGUAUUCGAAUGCCAUCGCUCGUCUUGACAACUAUUACGGGUCAAGAGCAUACCUACUAUCCCAACGAAGCAAAAUGAUGAACAUAAUCCAGUCGCCAGAUGAAGAGAACAUCCCAUUCGUACGUCGUAUCGGUGUAGCUGCCAAGUUGUGUGAGUACAGUAAUGAAGAGGAGAUGGAGGCGAUUACAAGAACUAUCACGAAGGGAACCAAUGAUAGUGCCGUGCGUUCUCUAGCAUAUCGGAAUUGGACCAAACAGGGAUCUAUGAAAGAUCUCAUUGAUAUGGUUCGAGACAGUGAGAUCGAGAAGCUCAACGAAGCAGAAUUCCAACGUAAACAAAUAGCACUGCAACCCGCCGUUGUUGCCGCAGUUUCACAUCAGGGAACCAGUUACACGCAACACACUCGUGGCCGCGGUGCUUACCAACAAUUUCGCGGCAACGGGAGAGGACGGUUUGAGCCACGCGGUCAGGAUGCGUCACGUACAAAAUUUUGCUGGAGGUGCAGAAGUGUUUUUCAUUCCCCACUACAAUGUCCUGUUUCUGACAAAGUGUGCCGAGUAUGCAAUCGCGUAGGGCAUAUUGCUCGCGCAUGUACGGAACGUUUUAUACAAAACAGAUCUGGACAGAAGCGCUCGAGUGACACUAGUGACGAUCAACCGCCACGGAAGAUAGCGGUACUGGCGAAAAUGGAGAAUGAAGCCCAGGAAGCGACACAAGCGAUGACACAGGUACAGGAUUCAGCUAAAGAUGAAUAA